GAUGUCGUGCAUCUCUGUCUCUGGUGCAUCACUGAUUGAAGGCAGGGGAAGAGCAAGUAGCAACUUCACACAUGCCGUCGCCGGCAAGAGGUGGCGCACCGGAGGAUCAGGAGGCAGUGACCGUCGGCGUCGAGGGAGGGAGAGGCACGUGGAGGCACGCGGCGUUCCACGUGGCGACGACGAUCGCCACGCCGGCGGCGUAUGCUCCCUUGCCCUUUGCUGUUGCCUCCCUUGGCUGGCCUCUUGGUGUUUGCAGCUUGGUUACUGGGACAUUGGUUACAUGGUGUUCAAGCUUGGUUGUGGCCUCCCUGUGGCAGUGGAAUGGAGAGAAGCACACCAGCUACCGGCAACUUGCAAAGAGCAUCUUUGGUCCCUGGGGCUACUGGUAUGUGUCAUUAUUCCAGCAGGUGGCAUCAGUCGGCAACAACAUUGCAAUCCAGAUUGCGGCCGGCAGCAGCCUCAAGGCUGUGUACAGGAACUACUACACCUCUGACAAGGGCGCAAUGACACUGCAGCAGUUCAUCCUUCUUUUCGGUGCAUUCGAGUUGCUCCUCUCUCAGCUCCCUGACAUCCAUUCGCUCCGGUGGGUCAAUGCCACCUGCACUGCUAGCACCAUUGGAUUUGCAGGGACAACCAUUGGUGUCACAAUCUAUAAUGGAUAUCGGAUCGAUAGAAAGGAAGUCGAUUACAGUCUACAUGGAAGCACUGCAACUAAGAUCUUCAGAGCUUUCAACGCAUUGGGCACAAUAGCGUUCUCAUUUGGCGAUGCGAUGCUGCCAGAAAUUCAGAGCACGGUGAGAGAACCGGUGAGGGCAAACAUGUACAAAGGCGUCUCAGCAGCGUACACGAUCAUCGUCAUGUCCUACUGGACCCUGGCAUUCAGUGGCUACUGGGCAUUUGGUUCUGAAGUCCAGCCCUACAUCCUGUCCUCCCUGACUGCUCCAAGAUGGGCAAUUGUAAUGGCAAACCUAUUUGCGGUCAUUCAGAUCACAGGUUGCUUCCAGAUAUACUGCAGGCCAACAUUCGCUUACUUUGAAGGGCGGGUUCAGGUGAAGAACAAGGGCUGCAAAUCCUGGCUGUGGAGGCUGAUUUAUACUUCUACAUACAUGGCAGUGAUCACCCUCAUCUCCGCGGCAAUGCCAUUCUUUGGGGACUUUGUAUCAAUUUGUGGAGCAGUUGGCUUCACCCCUCUGGACUUUGUGCUGCCUGCAUUAGCACUUCUGAAGACUAGGAAGUUGCCUGAUAACCCAGGAUUGCAGUGUGCUGUGAAGGUGCUCAGCUCUGCUGUCGCCAUCUUGUUCUCAAUCAUUGGUGCUCUUGCAUGCAUCGGUGCCAUCAGAUCCAUUGCGCUCGAUGUCAAAACUUACAGGUUGUUCCAUGAUAUGUGAUGACAGUUUUGAAGCA